GAAGAGCUGCAAGGCCCUGCAGAUGAGGAGUUGGAGUCGCUCUCGACGACUGGCUUCGUUUUCCCCGCCAAAGGGGUGAUGGGGUCGAGAUUCGAUCGCUUCAUCGCCAGCCACUGGACUGCAGGGAAGAGGGCCGAGUACCACAAGAAGAGGCCAUACCUUAAGGAGAUCGACCGCGCGGAGCGGGCCAAGGAGCGUUAUGAUGAGCACAUGAAGAAGAGGCGCAGGACAACCGAGAGGCGCGACGAGGAUGAAGUGGAGGGCGAACUACUCAACCUGGACCAACUCAUCAUCGCCCAGGGCGGGUUCGACCGCCCGACGGCUAUCCAGGGCGCGUUGAGGAUCGCCCGUCAAUGCAUCGAGCGGGGCCCGCCCUUUUCGGAGGUAGACGAGGACUCGGGCCGCUUGACCUUCCGCAUGCGGCGCAAGAAGGUCAGGGCGAUGAACGUCAACUCCUGGACGCAGGAGGAGGUCGACAGCAACAGGCGCGCCCUCGUCGACGCCAGCGACUACGCCACCUGCAACUCCCGCAGCCACGCCACCAGCAGCACCUGCAGCUGCACCAUCUGGGCUAACCCGAAGGGCAAGGCGAAGGGGAAGGCCAAGGCGAAGGCUAGCCCCGCCAACUCGCUCAAGAACGCCAUCAAGAGCGGGCAGGACACCUUCGCCUUGUACAGCAUGGCCACCAUGGAAGCAAGGACCUUGAUCAAUGACAUCACAGCUGGUGAUCAGGGGGAGUGGGCGUUCGCUGUGAAGUUCGCCAAGAACCUCGAGGGCAACCUGAAGGCCUUGGAGAGGGGCGCCAAGACCGACACGACGUUCCAGAGAAUCCUGACCGAGGGGAUCCCCACUAUGAAGGAUCACACGGACGAGAGCGAGCUGAUCCACGCGCUGAACACCUUCCAGGUUAACUUCGAGCAGAAGCUCCAUGCGAUGCAGGCCAAGGUCCGUCGGAUCCGCCAGAUGAAGGACCUCGUGCCCAGCGACGUCGACGAGCUCUAG